UAAGAAAUGAUCUUAGGUGAAGGGAGUAGUAUGACAAUAUGUGUCCAUAAAUAGCCUUAACCCCGCUUAUAUCCGACGGCGAUCAUAAACAUCCGACUUGACAGGUGAUCUUUUCCAUCAACAACCCUUCAAACAUAUACACAACCCAACAGACCUCCAACUGCCCAUUCGCCCAAUUCCUUUUGAUCCUCUAUCAAUAUGGAAGCUCCUAGAAAUCGAAAGCAACGACGGGCCGUCGCCGCCUCCUCCAAGAGCGAAUCCGACUCGACUUUUGAUCCAUCCUCCAUUCCACUGGCCCAUCCAUCCCGAAACUCCACAAAGAAUCCGAAAGAAAAGACGCUCGUUGAAUUGAUAUCUGAGCGGCAGAAUGAGCUUCUGGGCCUCGGUCAAGAAAAUAAUUCGACCGAGACAGGCAGGUCGAGCCCUGGGAUGGGGACCCGAUUCGUGAGCAUCGACCCGACCUCCGGCGAAAUUUCCAACUUCGACGCAUCCGAGCUCCCAGGCGAACAACAGCGAAACAACAGAUCCGUCACGGGUUCGCCAUCUGAUGGAAAUACUGGGUCUGAGAAAGGCCAGGGUGAACAUGACGUGCCACUCCCGCCCGUCAUCGACACAGUCUUGCUCUCCGUGCCCCUGACGACGUUACACAUGACGUUGGCCUAUCUCGCGGCUCAUCAGUACGCAGAAACCAUCGUCUUGGAAAAGAUAAUUCACGAAUCCCUAUUCGUAGCUUUUCCAUUCCUGACAUUUGCUAUCCAUCUGGCACAUGGGCAUAUCAUGUCUUUCGGCAGUACCCAGAGCUCUGAAUUCGUAUCGCUCAUCCCUUUCAAUCGGAAUAAACUGUCGAUUUCAUUUCUUCGAAAGCUUCUUUUUCCGCCCUCGUGGCGGACCUUGCUCUUUCUUCCGCUUGCUAUCUACCUCGGGGCUAAACUGAUGGCUAUGACUAACGAAGAGCCGUACUACGCUAUUAUGAAACGAGCGCCUUCCAUCGGGACUCUGUGGGUGUGGAGUAUCUUGGAGAUCCCAGUCGGUGCGGCUGUAUUGGGGGCAUUAGGGCCAUUGGUCUGGGGUGUAUGGUGGAAGGGUUACAGCAUUCUUUGAGUCGGGACAUACUGCAACUUUUACCGGAGGGCCAGAGAUUCUAACCUGGACUGUUUUGUCUGACGAGUUCUUACGCUACUUUGGUUGCCUUUUUACGAUAUUCAAUUUUCAACUACCUCUGUAGGUCAGGCAGAGCACGUGCCGCAGCCGUAUGAUGGGAGUGCUGGGGGUCGAUUCUUGGACUCGGAUUCGAUUAUAACGUCACUCUGCAGGACAGAUGGUCUAGAGCCCUAUACUCGGGAGGUACAUCGGCGUUGUAUGCAUGACAUAUCGACGAUGUCAGGUGCCCCGUUGCACUCCUCGUAGUACAGCAUACAUCACAACGAACAUCUAGCAGACGGCAGUGGGCCAGCUAUGCAUACACGGCAGUAUUGGGUAUAUCUGUGAGCUCGGGAUUGUGUGUGAUAAGUACGCUAAGGGCAAGGCUUUCCUUUCCAAAAUUCCAGCAAAGCAUGUGAAUAUGAAUUGUUGGGCAGUGAAGGUCUGAGCGAUGCUACUGUCUGAUCACACCUUUACAACGAAGUAUUAUAGAACCUCAAUUCCUGGGGUUUGGGCGAAAAUCUCCAUUUGCAUUCAGUACGAUCCACCCGAGAGAUAGACAGGUGUGAUACUAGGAUACUGACGAGUUUGAGGCUACCUCAAGGGUCUACGUGGCGACAGUCGAGACGGGCCCGGUG